CACGCACACACACACGCACGUACAGACACCCAGCACUUUUUCCACCACCUCAUUCCCGCCCUACACACACACACACACACACACACACACAACACACACACGCGCGCGUGCACGGGGACUGCGAGGGGAGCCGUGAAUCAAUAGGAAGCGGGUUUCGUGUUUGACUACUGGCAGCCGCGCUGCCUGCGCCCAACUUCAGCCUCCCGCGCCGCUCCCCAUGCCGCGCGCUCCCUCCCGGGUGCAGUAAGGCGCGGGGCCCCGGCGGCGGCGGCGCUCGCUCCCUUCCAGCGCGGCGCUGCCCGUUUCUCCCCUGAAGUUGGCUCCAGCCCUAGCAGCCGCAUUGGAUCCCACAGCGUACUGCGAGACUCCGGUGUACAACCCGGAUCUCUGCCCCAACAUGAUCGCGGCCCAGGCCAAGCUGGUGUACCACCUCAACAAAUACUACAACGAGAAAUGCCAAGCCAGGAAAGCUGCCAUCGCCAAGACGAUCCGCGAGGUCUGCAAAGUGGUGUCGGACGUGCUGAAGGAGGUGGAGGUGCAGGAGCCACGCUUCAUCAGCUCCUUGAACGAGAUGGACAAUCGCUACGAGGGCUUGGAGGUCAUCUCCCCCACGGAGUUCGAGGUCGUGCUCUACCUCAACCAGAUGGGGGUUUUCAACUUCGUGGACGACGGGUCGCUGCCGGGCUGCGCCGUGCUGAAGCUGAGCGACGGGCGCAAGAGGAGCAUGUCCCUCUGGGUGGAGUUCAUCACGGCGUCCGGCUACCUCUCGGCCCGCAAGAUCCGCUCCCGCUUCCAGACGCUGGUGGCCCAAGCCGUGGAUAAGUGCAGCUACAGGGACGUGGUAAAGAUGGUGGCGGACACCAGCGAAGUGAAACUGCGGAUCCGAGACCGAUACGUGGUGCAGAUCACUCCGGCUUUUAAAUGCACGGGGAUCUGGCCGCGCAGUGCUGCCCACUGGCCGCUUCCCCACAUCCCCUGGCCGGGACCCAACCGGGUAGCAGAGGUCAAGGCUGAAGGGUUCAACCUCUUAUCGAAGGAGUGCCACUCGCUGGCCGGCAAGCAGAGCUCCGCCGAGAGCGACGCCUGGGUGCUGCAGUUCGCGGAAGCGGAGAACAGACUGCAGAUGGGCGGCUGCAGAAAGAAAUGCCUCUCUAUCCUCAAAACCUUACGGGACCGUCAUCUGGAGCUGCCGGGCCAGCCCCUGAAUAAUUAUCACAUGAAGACUCUGGUUUCAUACGAGUGUGAAAAGCAUCCCCGGGAAUCGGACUGGGACGAGUCGUGCCUGGGGGAUCGGCUCAACGGGAUUUUACUGCAACUCAUCUCCUGCCUGCAGUGCAGGAGGUGCCCGCACUACUUCUUGCCUAAUUUAGACCUGUUUCAGGGCAAACCUCAUUCCGCCCUGGAAAACGCAGCCAAACAGACGUGGCGACUGGCUAGGGAAAUACUCACCAACCCGAAAAGUUUGGAAAAACUUUAGAGGGGAAUUAAAAUAUGGGCCUAGCCAAUUCCGUCGCCUCCUUUCCUGAUGAAAUUGAAGCUUCCUGUUCGAAAAGGCAAAUACUUCCACUUGACAAUGCAAGUACGAUUCUUUUGCAAAGGAAUAUAGAUCGCUUCGGCUCUCCGCCAAAAGCAAACACAGAUCAGCGAGUGAGGACUCCCGUCUUCAUCACCCUUUUGCAGCCCCUUCCCUUGAAAGCAAAUGUCUGGUAACACCUGGGAAACGGAUCGGCCGCAACUGAACACGAUCGUGACCACUCUGCCCAGAAACAGCACUCCUGGAUUAUAACAAACCCUGGGCUUUUUUAUGUCAUCCCUCUGUGAGUAAACGCUAUUCGGAUCUGCCACCUGAACAAACUCUAAUGUACCUUUUAAUUUGUAUCAGAUAUUGUGAUCUCACAUUGUCUUUGAAAUUGUGGAUGUUGGUGUUUUGUGAUUUGGUGAACAGAAGUUAAAUUGCCAUUUUGGAUACUUCAGGACAUUUUCUGCUAAAGAAGAUACCAUUUAAAAAGGUAGAUUUUAUCACGGUACUUUUGUUAAUUGUCUUUUGAAGUGUCUGAACUUAAAAGUUUACAUUUUUCGUUUCAUAUAUAUUGCUUGUUCUAUUUCUAACAUUCCAUAAAUAUACUUGAAAUGUUAUUUAAAUAUAUUCAAAAGAAAUUUGGAUUCUGCUUAUAUAAUAACGCUUGAAUAUUGGAAUUAUAUAUUUGAAAAAAUGCACUUGAAAUACACUGGAUAAUUACUUUUUGUGAUUUAGAUUUUAAUUUCUGUUGCCGAUUUUAUUUAAUUACAAGCUAAUAAAUGAAGUCAAAUAAA